UGAACCCUAACAGCGUAGAGGAAGAAUUAAGGGCCAGGUUGGUGGUGUAUACUUCACAGUUAAGCGAUUGAAAGUGCUCUUUUUCCAGAAAUGAGAUUCACACUGAGCUGGCUUCACCGAGACCAUGGUCGAUAACCGCUACGCUACAGCUCUGGUCAUCGGCUCCGUGCUUAGCUUGCUGGCGGCUGUCUACCUCUCCGUUGCCGUGGGGACCCAGAACUGGUACCAGUACAGUAGCCCAGCAGGCGUACAUGAAAGCACGAACGCCACCGCGCUGAGAGAUGACUUAAUCAAUGGAGAGUUUAAUGAGAAGACCUCCAGCGAGACCUUGUACCUCCUCAACGGCACCCUGGGACUGUGGUGGAGAUGCAUCCUGGUGCCCAGCCCGUCCCACUGGUUCAAGGAGCCAGAUCCCAAGUUAGAGUCGCAGUGUGUGAGCUUCACUCUUCCCCAACAGUUUUUGCCAAAGUACAAAAACCCUGGAAACCACAAUAGUGAAGAGUAUCUGCUUAGGACAUAUUUGUGGAGGUGCCAGUUUCUCCUGCCUCUGGUGUCUCUGGCCUUGGUAUUCCUCAGCAGCCUUGUUGGUGUCUGCGCUUGCCUGUGCCGCAGUUUCAAGCCCACUGUGGUUGUAGGAGUGAUGCAUCUUCUUGCAGCUCUGUGCUCUCUUGGUUGCGUCUGCUGCUUCCGUGCUGGCGUGGAUCUUCUCCAUAAGUAUGCCGUUCCUCCCAAGGAGGUGGAGUCCUCGAUGGGCUGGUCCCUCUACCUCGCCCUCAUCUCCUUCCCUCUGCAAAUGAUGGCGGCCGCUUUAUUCCUCUGGGCGGCUUGCAGUCAUCGCAAGAACUACACCCGUAUGGUCGCUUACAGGGUGGCCUAAAAGGGCAGUAGUCCUUUUUAAAAUACAAUUCUAUGGAGUCUCAGGGCAUCUGAAGGCAGGAGAAGUCCAUUUGUAGCCAAUCAUAAAUGCUGUUAAUGGCUGUUAUCCAACAUCCAUUUGUGGUGUUUCUUCUGUCCCUUUAUUGCUUCUUUGCAGCCUUUCCUCUUAUAGUGCAUGCUAUUAAUGCUGAAUUAUUUAUUAGUGGUGUUGCUGUGGAGAUUGCCUUCUUUUUGGUUGCCAUCACUUCUCUUCACUUUGCUCUUAACUUUACUGAAACUUCUGACCCGCACCUUUUUUUCAAAGUGUCAUCAUUAUCCGUAAUGUGGUGUCUUGCAUGCAUUUCUUUCAUAACUCCAACCUGUGGUGAAUUGUCAUCACUUCAAAUGUAACCACUCGUACCUGUAUUUAAAUACUUCAUGUAUCUAAUGUCGGUGAUUACAACUGAUUAGCGUCUGUAUGCUACUGCCAUUUGUCCUUGUCACAAUUCUCUUUUUGUAAAACCACUAGUAAUGUAUAGCAGUCCUGGCUGGUGUUAUUUCUGUACAAGCCUUUUAAAAGACGCUGAUAUUUUGUAUAGCAAAAAAAGUUCAGCCCAUUUGUGUGAAAAUGUGCUGUAAAUUUUACAAUAAUUUGUUGAGACAUCUAAAUAUGUCCAUGUUUUGUUACACAUACACUCUGUUUUUAGUUUAUUCUCAAGCACUCAUUUCUCUGCAGAAAUAAAUUGGACUUUUGUUGAA